AUGGCUACGGCCACCUCCAGCCCGCCAUACGAGCCGGAUCCAUUGGAUCUCGUCAUCUACACACCCAAGAACUUAGCUCGAGGUGCCCGCGCAGCCCUCCUACGAGACAGCUCCCCAGUGGAGAUCACCGACAUUGGCGUCUCUCCACAGCUCGACGAAUUCCCUGCACUGCCUACAACGGUCACACACGAGCAGCGGUCACCCAUUGACAUCACCGAUGCAGCUAACCAGCUCGUCGAUGAGCAAGUCGCCGCCUACAACGCCAAACUCAGGGUCUUCCGAACCUUCUGCGCACAUUUCAACGAGGCCGCCAAGGAAUUCACUACCGGGCCGGAACGCGACUUCGCUAAGCACUUCUCCAGUACCUUCCUCGAAUUUUGGAAACAAGCUCUGACCAACACCAACUGCGCACCUGCACCAACCUAUAGCAGCAUUACCGCCAAUGCCAACGCCUCUCCGACUCGAAUUGCCACCACAAACAUGCCCACCACCCACCACAAAAAACCUGCUGCCACUUAUCGCCAAGGGCGACGACCACCAGUACCCGCCCCACCUCGAGAAGACCUCCGGGUCUCCGUCCGCCUUGAAGCCGACGCUCCGGCCAGAAACCACAUCGGCUACGCCAUCCGAGCUCAUGUAGCCAGCAAGACGGGCCUUGAGCUCAAUCGAAUCCCGCAAGUCUUCCAAGUGAACACCGGUUGGGCCAUUCGCGCCGCAGACGACGAAAUAAACAACCAGACGGGACUCAGGCCGGUCAGCAUCCGAGUCCCUCGCCGCGACAACGAACAGCUUCCCUACAAGACACUCAUCAUCUCCUUCCUGGAACCGACAACAAGACCUUGGAGCCUAUUCGGCACCAGCCGCUUAGCGAGACACAUCGAAAGAAGCAACCCUCCCAAACAGUACGAGAACUGCUGGGACUACCACACGCGACAUACGUGCAACAGACAGACACGAUGCAAACGCUGCGGAAAGACGAACCACGCCAGUGACAGCUGUACCGCCCCAGAGCAGUGUGCCAACUGCCUCGGGCGCCCGGCUGUCCCGCCCCAGAGCAGUGUGCCAACUGCCUCGGGCUACAUGCCGUGGACCUUGCGGCAUGCCCGGCUCGGCCAAAAAGAGCCCAUGGCCUGCUUCAUCGUCUCCCCAAAGAACAACGAGUAUUAA